AUGACAUUUGAAAGCGUUCGUCGGUUCGGAAAGAGAGUGUCCAAACUCUCGCGGUAUCGCACAUCUUUGGGACACAAGAAGCGAACGAAAAACAAGGAUUACGCGCCAGCGACGAACAAGUCCGUCAUCAGUCUGAUAGAGCAAGCUGGGUCUGAUUAUGCAAAGGGUGAGACGGAUCUGGCAAUUUACAGGCUCGCACGCGUUUUGUCGAGCAUGGAGCGCGAGUGCACGUCACUAGAAUCACAUGUGGCGACUUCUCCGGUUCCACCUCCUGCAGGGGUAGGCCAACCCUUCAGAAAUCCUUUUGUCACCCCAGCGCAGGACCAUGACACGACGCCGUUGCCGGUAGGCAGAAAGCCACCGCCUCGCAGGCUGUUGCUGCGGGACGAGCUCGCCUACUGCAGUGAGUUGCAAGGCCUAUCACCCACGCACACAGGACUACCCACUGUUUUUGAGCUGGCUCAGUCACAGGGGACUGUACUUGUCGAUGAUAGUACUCGCGUUGCUGUUUGUGCUCAAGACACACUACCGCUGCAGCCCCUGUACCCGCUGCACCCGCCAUUGCAGCUGCAAACCCCUCAAUCCCCCCAUAAUGAUGAUAGUAACGCCACGCUGCGCAAUGUGGAUUCUCAGGUAUUUGAGUUUUCCGACCUCGUAGAGCGCUCUUUCAACCUGCUAACCAUCGACGAGUCCAUCACAGCACUGGAUGACGAUACGGCGCGUUUCGAAGACCGCGUAUUUUUUCUGAACAAUUCAGGCCCUGAAACCGUUUGGAGCAAGACCGUCGAAAACUAG